AUCCUGACUCGUGUUUCUAUCCGGACACAAAAACAAUGCCUAGUGUCAUUUCCGGUGGCCGGCUCGGUGUCAGCUGGUCCGGUUCGGUGUAAAUAUCACACACUGUGAGGAGCAGCGUGUUGAAAAUGUGUGUGUGUGUGUGUGUGUGUGUGCUGAAGAAGAACCCACGAGAACGUGACGUGAAUUAGCGCGAGCCCACUUUAAGAAUACCGUCAUUUCUCACGUGCGGAGUUACAAUGAGUUCCGCGCCGCUGAAGAGGGUCUACACGGAGCUGCCGGUGUGGGUGGUGGAGGACCACCAUGACGUGGUGUGUCAUAUUUAUCGUGCCAUAGCAUCGAGACACCUCCCGCUGAAGAACAUAAAGAUGAUUCAUUUAGACUCCCAUCCCGACCUGCUCAUCCCCGUCAACAUGUCUGCGGACACUGUCUUCGAUAAGGAGAAACUCUUCAGUGAGUUGAGUAUAGAAAACUGGAUCAUGCCCAUGGUGUAUGCUGGCCAUGUCUCCUGUGUGGCAUGGCUGCAUCCAUACUGGGCCCAGCAGAUCACAGAGGGAGAGCACAGGAUGUCUGUAGGAAGAGAUGCAUCCACCACCACCAUCAGGGUGACCAGCAGAGAUAAUUACUUCCUCAGUGAUGGUUUGUAUGUUUCUGAGGAGCAGCUGGAGAACUCUAAACCUCUCAGACUGAACGUGGUCAAAGUCAGCCCUGUCAAAGCAGGUCGCAGGUCACCUUCAGGAAAGCAAACCGGAGCGGCUACAGAGAGAUGGUUUGCCAAGCGAGCCCGUACAGAGGACGAGGGCGCCGGGGGAGCCAGCUGCUCCGAGCCUUUCUUAAGACACACCGACACACUGCGACCAGCAGAGGGCGGCAAUGGGACAAGCUUAGGGGAUGAUGACGCUGAUGAUGAAGGAUCCACCAGUUAUGUUGUUCAGAGAAUAUCUCCUUUUCUCAGUGAGACAGAGCCAUACAUCCUGGACGUUGAUUUGGAUUUCUUCUCAUGCAAAAAUCCCUUCAAGGAGUUAUACACAGAGGAAGAGUACGCCAUCCUCAAGGAGCUCUACAACUUCAGAGGGCCUGGGCCUGAUGCUGAUGAGGAGGAGCUUGAUGAGUGUGUGGAUCGUCGUGUACAUCAGUUAGAAGACCUGGAAACAGCAUUCGCUGAUUUGCUGGAGGAUGACGGGCUGGAGACGGUUACACGCUGGGCCAGCAACCCUGGCAUGGCUUCAUUAGCUCGACUGGUUUCCAGUUUGAAGUCGAGAAAUGCGUGCCCUGAUUAUGAAAUGGUGCAUCAGGCUGGGUUAACCUGUGACUCUGCUGAGCUGCCUCACCACAUCAGCACUGAUGACGAGAUCGACAGACUCAUCUCAGCUGUACAGCUUUUUCUGAAGGUUCUGCCUAAACCUACACUGGUUACUAUGUCCAGGUCAAGUCUAGAUGAAUACUGCCCAGUAGAGCAGGUGGAUUCAGUCCAGAGCAGAGUACUGGCUGUACUGGAGAGCCUGUAUGGACCACUGGACCUGCACAAAGACUAUGAAAACAGCAGCACAGACACUCAAGACUGCCAACCUCAGGCCUCUUAACAAACACACACACACACUUUUGUCACUUUUAGAUUUAGUGGAUGUAUCGUUUGAUAAAGUCGACCUGUGUUGUUACAGUGACUCUUGAAGUAAACUAGCCUUUGUUCAACAGCUGGAACGUGGUCAUGUGACUGAUUUCUGUGUGAAGACACUGACACUGUUUAUAUGAGAUUAGUCACUAACGUUACAGCAGAGUGAACCAGGAAUAAAUAGAUUCUGCUGUGAUUUGAUUGUAAUAAACAGAUCAAAAAAA